AUGCACGCCACCCUUCUCAUCCGCUCUCUCGCCCUCCUCUCUCUGCACCCGCUCCCUCACGCUCUCGCCUCCCUCCCCGCUCACUUGUACUGCGAACCCACGGAAUACCCCGCCCUCGGCUGCAACGGCUGCUGCAACCGCAUCCACAACGCGGAUGGAACGCUUCAUUGCUGCCAAUCCGAACCCAUGGGCCCCUUCCAGAACUACAAGCGCGCGGAAGUUCCUGUGGGGAGUACGUUUUGUUAUAGUAAUAAUGACCGCAAGAAUGGAUAUCUUGGGCUCGUGGCUUGUGGGGUUGAGGAGUAG